AUGGAAAAAGCUAAGAAGAUGAAGCUCUCGGACUACGAGAUAUUUUAGACUUUGGGAACAGGUUCAUUUGGUAGAGUCAAGCUCGCUAAAAAGAAGAAUACUACUCAAUACGUCGCACUUAAAGUAUUGAAAAAAGCUGAAAUUAUUAGACUUAAACAGGUUGACCAUAUCAUCAAUGAAAACACCAUCUUGUCAAACUUAAAUCACCCUUUCAUUGUUAAGAUGGACGGUUUCUGCUAAGAUAGUCGCUACCUUUAUCUUGUCUUAGAAUUCGUAUCAGGUGGUGAAUUGUUUACAUAUUUAAGAAGUGUUGGCCGUUUAGAAACCAAUCAUGCAUGCUUUUAUGCAGCUCAAGUUACUUUGAUGUUUGAAUAUUUACACACAAAGAACAUUAUAUAUCGUGAUCUUAAGCCUGAAAAUUUACUUAUCGCAGAUGAUGGUUAUCUUAAAUUGACUGAUUUUGGUUUUGCAAAAGUUGUCGAAGGUCGUACAUACACUCUUUGUGGUACUCCUGAAUAUCUUGCUCCUGAAAUCCUUCUUAACAAGGGUCACGGUAAAGCAGUUGACUGGUGGACAUUAGGUAUUCUUAUCUAUGAAAUGAAUGCUGGUAUUGAUCCCUUCACUGAUGAAGAUCCUAUGGCUAUCUAUCAAAAAAUCUUAAAGGGUAAAGUUAAAUUCCCCAGAAACUUUGAUAAAAAUGCAAAAUCUCUUGUAAAGCAUUUACUCGUAGCUGAUCUCUCUAAGAGAUACGGUAACUUGAAAAAUGGUGCAAAUGAUAUUAAGAAUCAUAGAUGGUUCAGUAGCAUUGACUGGGCAUAGCUUCUUUCUAAAAAGCUUCCAGUUCCUUAUAAGCCAGUUGUUAAAGCUCCAAAUGAUACUUCUAACUUCUCUAGUUAUCCUGAAAGUGAUACUCAUUCACCAGCACUAAAACCUGCUGACGAUCCUUUCCUUGACUGGUGA